AUGGUGUUGUCUUGGUUGAUCAAUUCUGUCUCGAAGGAAAUAGCCGCCAGCAUCAUUUACAUUGAUUCUACAACAGAUAUGUGGAAGGAUCUUCAAGAUCGCUUCUCGCAUCUAAAUGGUCCAAGAGUUUUUCAAUUGCAGCAGAAAAUGUCCCCUCUUUCUCAAGAGAAUGAUUCUGUGAGUACCUAUUACACUACUUUGAAGGGUUUAUGGGAUGAAUUUGAUCAUCAGGAACCAUUGCCCUGCUGUACAUGCGGUGUUGUGAAGGCUUUACAAGCCAAGCACAAGCGUCAAUAUGUGUAUCAGUUUCUCAUUGGUCUGAAUGAGAGUUACUCACACAUUAGAGGUCAAAUCCUCAUGCUAGGUCCUUUGCCCUCGAUGAACAAGGUCUUCUCUCUUGUUCUUCAGGAAGAAAGUCAACGAGGUCUUUCGAUUUCCAAUAGGUCUUUUAAUCAUAACACCACUACCUUACUCACUAAGGCUAAUUCUUCCACUUCAAAUCGUGGCAAGGGUUAUUCAAAAGGCAAGGACCGUCCUGUUUGCUCCCAUUGUGGGAUCACAGGUCAUACGAUGGAGAAAUGUUAUAGGCUCCAUGUUUUUCCACCCGGUUUCCAAUUCAAUAAGGGCAAGAAUGCAUCUUCUGCAGCAAAUCAAGUUUCUUCUGAAACGAAGUCUGAAAUACCUCAGUUACCGAUUACAUAUGAGCAAUGCCAACAGCUCAUGAACAUGUUCAAGCCAUCUUUUUUGGAGGCCUCUUCUUCACACAAUUCAGCAGCAAACCAGGUGUCCUCCACUUCUUCUCAAGAAGAUGUCCAAUUUCAUGAAACCAUUUUUCCCUUUGCUCUUUCACAUUCAGAACCUAAUAGCUCUUCUUCACCUGAUCUUGUUCUUCCUUUACCUUCUUCAGAUUUUGCUCCUUCUUCUUCUAUUCCUCCUAACAUUUCUUCUCCUACUUCUUCUUCUCCUUCUCCUAUAUUUCAUCCUUCUGAACCAGCUAGAAAAUCUUCUAGGCUUAAAAAUCGUCAUGGUUACUUGCAAGACUAUCACUGCCACCUUGCUACUUCCUCUGGAUCUCUUUCAAGUUUAUCUCCAACGACUUCAAAUUCAUCUUUUAUUGCAUUACUUGUUUAUGUUGAUGAUAUAGUAAUUGCUAGCAAUGAUCAAGUUGUUGUUUCUCAGCUUAUUUCUGUUCUUAAUGUCAAGUUUAAGCUCAAAGAUCUUGGUCCCUUGAAAUUUUUCCUUGGUCUGGAGAUUGCUCGGAACCAAGAUGGGAUUUCUCUCAGCCAAUGGAAAUAUACUUUGGAAAUCUUGGAAGACACUGGUUUUCUAGCCUCUAAGCCAGCUAAAUUCCCUAUGGAACCGAAUGCCAAGCUCUCUCAAAUUAUUCAUUGA